GUUUAUGGUAGUCAAAAUAUGACUUCUUGUUUUUGAAUUUCAUUGCCAUUUUCACAGUCUACUGGUAAAAAUUUGGGAAUGAGGUUAUUCGCAAUUUUUGCAGCUCUGUUGUCUCUCCAGCUGUGUCUUAUCUUGGCCAAAGCAGACCUCCGGCUUCCUAAAUGUGUCAAGAUAGUUUCUAUUAAUACCCCUCUUGACGAUCCAACAAGAGCGGCGGAGAAUUAUGGUGUGCGAGCUGACAAAAGGAGAGCAAUGCUGACUGACAAACCAGGAAUCUUUCGGAUUCGUGAGGGGCUCACAGAUGAGAAGGGAACAGUAUCUUUGGAGGCACUGUUUCACCCCAGGUUUUACCUGCGCCACAAAAACUACCACUUCCAUUUGGAGAAGGAGGUCAACAAUUCAGUGUUCUAUAAGGAUGCAACUUUCUUCAUUUUGAAAGUCACAGAACACCCAACCCUUUAUGCGUUUGAACUAUACAGUCAUCCCACGUGGUUCAUGCGACAUUUGAAACACAAGCCUUACACAAUGGUUCUCAGGAAAGUUAAUGAGUCGAGUAAAGACGUGUUGGACUCCACUUUCUUUCUUGCCCCUCAUCGUUGUUUUCCAAAGCAGGGAAAUGAUAGCAAUGCUGAAAAAAAGACGGUUUUAGUUGGAGACGGGACAUUCAUAGACACUGCGGAUGAAGAUGCUGAUAUUGCGACUGCCAAAGCCAACGAUUUAAACGCUGAGGAUUUUGAGAGGGCGUAUUUAUCAAAGGAAAAAGAUGAAAAAGACGACUCGAUUGUAAUACACACUGAAGAUGAUAAGACGGAUGAUGGGGAUGAUAAAAAGCCUAUUAAAAUACACACAGAAGCAGAUUCCUCCGAAGAAAGCCAGGAAGAAAUUCUAAAGGAAAUCGAGGACGCUUUUAGAACUGCCCAGAAUACAAACAAUUCUACGUACCUCGAGAAAAUAGAGAAAGACAUCGAGGAAAAAGUGAACAACAUCGCUGAGAAAGCUUCAGAUUAUCUAAAUAAGCCGUCAAUUCACACUAGAAAGAAAAAUAAUGGCAAAACAAGUGCUGUUCACGAUAUUGAGAUUCAUACCGAGUCAGAUAAACCGGAAAACACGAAAAAAAUUGACUCGGAAAGCGAUGUUGAUGAACCAAGCCAUGAACAGGACUCAAUACACAACUCUUCAGAGGACAAUAAAACGGAAAGAACACAAAGGGUAGAAGUCCUGGGCCCUGUGAUUGAUCUUACGAAGCCUUUGGAUCAGAACGAUGAAACAGAUAUUGACAAGGAGAUUGUAGUGACAGGACAACCCAAGUUGAACGGAAAACUUACAAUAGACACAACAUAUCAGUAUAGCCAUCCUCCCAAGCUGAAGAACGGGGAAAAAGAGAGACACAAAGAGAAACUUGCCGGGUUUAGUAUUGAUGACGUAAUUACCCCCAAAACCCGUUCAAACAGAACGUCUAAAAAGACUCCAUUGCACCUGCAUGUUGUGCGGAACAAGGCUUACAAGGAUUUAACAGUGGCAAACAAAGCUCUGAACUCGAACAUUGAGAAAUUAAGGAAUGUUCUGGAGGCAAUUGAGGAUGUUCCAAGCGAUAACAAAGCAAGUGAAAAAGGAACUGUUAUUAUAAAGAAUAUGCAUCCAAAUGCAUUAUACCAUCAACAACAUUUCAACAAAAAUAAACGUCCAAGUCUGGCGCUUAGUGGAACUCCAGAGGUCCACCAGAACCCUCCUUACUUGCCUCAGACUCCAUCGGACUUGAAGGUGCUCAAGUCGCAAUCAACUGUACAGACAACUGUAACAGAGUUGCCGCACUCUCCGUUCACAACAUCAGCUGCUGACGAAAAAGCGUCUACGCCGAUUCAGAACUCGAGAGCAAAGGCUUCUCCCUUGAAGAACAACAGCGGAAACAAAACGCAGUUGGCAACGGUGGAGGGGGCAAAUACUAUCCCACCAACAAGCACCCCAGGAUUACACGUGAUCCAAGGCACUAGAGACCUACCCAGUGGUAAAGCUGGUAACAACAUGUCUUACGAGGUAUUUGAUCACCUGGCCAGUGAACUUGUUGAUCAUGAUACCACAGGAAACCCAACUCCUGUCACCGCCGGCAAAGGCACAAGAAACACUGUAACUGACUGGAUGAAAAAUCUUAAGCCCCACAACGCUUCAUUACAGGAGACUUUUAAUGAGCUGAAUCCCGUGGAUUCUGCUAAGAUAUUUUACCUUGACAAAUGCGAGGACAAGUUCCCCAAAGCCUGUGAAGACUGGGCGGCUCAACGAUAUUGUUUGACUUUCAGCGAGCUGAUGAAGAGAUAUUGUAGAAAGGCCUGCAAACUAUGCAAUCACGUGUUAGCAACGGGUUUCACAACCUGUGAUAAAACAUGCGGCGGAGGAAUUAGACUGCGCAUGAUCAAAGUGAACAACCGACAAGUGUUGCAGCGAAGGUCGUGCAAUGUGCAAAACUGUCCGGGUAAGGGAGCGGCCAUUUUUUUACGUUUGUAGAAAAAACUUUGAACUCAGUUCGGUGGACGUGACUGUAGUCAUCUCGGAGCACCAGUUGACACUAUGCCGUGUGUUAAGGGAUGUAAAGGAUUUAAGCCAAGCAAAUACCAUUCCUCUCUAAAUUCAGGACUCAAGAAAAGCAAACAUCAUACUGACCGUCUAAGCCCUGAGGAGUUUCCUGAAUACCACGCAGAAGAAGCAAAUCCGAAAGCUUCAGACCCUGUGGGCGAAAAAGAGGCCGACUUGGAUAGCGAAGAGGACGAAGAGGAAGACUCUGCAAGUACAAACGAAACUUCCACUAACCAAGAUUACGGUCAUGAGUUUGAAUGGCCCAACAAGCACCACCGUCACAAACCAGUUGUCCUAAAACACGUGCACAAAAACGUCUACAAACACCGAGAUGACUAUGGUAACAAUCAUUAUCUAAACGUCGAUGAGGAGCAGAGUCCAUAUGAUCAACUUCAAACUCACGUGGUGCGAUACCAAGGCCGCCAAGUGGCAAAAAUGCAGUGCGGUCCCUCAAGGCUGCUUAAUUUCCAAAAACAUCCUUCUAAUAGUCCCAUGGCGUUUAAAAGAUCUAAUCCGUACAAGCUCUUUGACGCUGGUGGGAUUGUUUAUGAUAAAGAUGGCGUACCCAGUGACACUACCACGAAUGUCGUUCAAGCUUUUGACUCACCUUACAAAAUAAUUCUUCAAAAAGGCAAAAACAACCAAAUGAAAGUGUUAGAGCAGUGCAUUGAGUCAGAUGCCUCUGUGAACCCUGAGGCGGAUUUAAAGCUUGGUGAGCAGGGUCUUGCCAUGGCAAGUGAACAGCGGUCACUCCCGACAACUUCCGCUUCAACACCAGCAGCGAAUAGUCUGGCAUCCAAUCGCUUCGCAGAAAAUGGUCUAUAUGAGUACAAGUACCAAGACAUAGGAGAAGGUGUCGAUGAUAACAAAAUAGAUAGUGACGUCAGUGAUCAGCUGACCAGGGCAAUCAAGAACGAGGAAGCAGAAAUCAGUCGGAAAUCUUUAAGGAGUCAAGAUCCUAAGCCCACCCUUAAAGAGGAACUGUUUGCUGAGAAAGAGGAAGCCUGGAGAGAGAAGAAAUACGAAGAUUCCCUUGCCAGACGGGCUAAGGUGAUGUCUUAAUGAGAACAUAACGUGGAGGUUAAUUGAGAUCACAGCAGGGAUCCUCAGCUUACACGUUUGACGAAGAUUUCCUGCAGCAUAGACGGUUGGAGCUCUACUGACCCUCAUUUAUGGAGUCAACCUGUGUAAUUUUAAAUACUAGAGAAGAAUUUCUAUAAGCAGAAAAAUUACACGCUCAUUUAAGUUAAGUUUACAAAUUUGAUUUCUCCUGAAUGAUUCUCAACACGUUGAGUAGAUAACAUAAUCAUAUUUCCUGAUUGUUUCUUUAAAAUGGCGGGAGGCAUGUCACCCGAAAGAAACAAUUGAAAUGUUUCUGCAGUCGCCAUAAUAUUAGAUAGGACGUUGCGUGGACGACUGAAAUUUGUCAGUUGAUGAAUGGGAACCGCUAACAUGCACUGAUUAAUGAGAAAAAACAGUACCCACCCUUUGUAAAUUCAAUUUAAGUGGAAAUAGGUCUCAAAACACUUUCGAGUCAACUUUCACGCAUAGUGUCCAGACUCAGAGAAAAAAAAUAAGAAGCAUAGUCUCCUAAUUAAGGUGAAAUUAGAAUAUGAAGAGAAAAACAAAUACAAUUUAUUUACGAAAGUGUCUCUACUCAUACAAAAUACUAAAAAUGAUUGUAAAAUGAAAAAUUUGCUAAGAGGGAAAUAAGAGAAUUUACUGAAGGAUUGAUAACUAGUUUAUAAUAAGUAAACUAUUCAUAUGACCGAUAACAAGAUAUAGUUAAUUUUCCGGAACACCCAAGCAGUAUUGUCUACGUAGGUGUACCAUUGUUUCUAGAUAAAUGCACUCAUUAACAUUGUUCAUCAGUAAAAUUAUUUUCAAGUGCAAGGAUAUAAUAAAAUUUUCAUUUGUUCAUCU